AUGAGUGAGGUUGGUGGUUAUGGUUAUGGUUAUGGUUAUGGUUUUGGUUCGGUUGUGGUUGUGGUUGUGAUGGUGAUGGUGGUUGUUGUGGUGGUAGUGUGUACUAAGAAGGAUUGUAUUAUGGUGGAUAGGUAUGGAGUACGGAGGGUUGAAUAG